AUGUUGAGUAUUCUGAUAAUGAAGCGAGUACCAACGGAGCCCGCUGCCUGCCUGGGCUGGUGCCACCCACCGACGGCUGCCUCGAAAUGCCAGCGUUUGCCGUCGAAAAGGUUAACGGAUCACAAUCGGUGGCCUCUGACGCGGCAAAAGGUACCGGCCGACGUGUCCAGUCGAGGCACCCACCCGUCCGGAUGGGCCAGCUUCCCACUCGCCAAUGGCCGGCACAACUCACCCACGUCGCCGGUGGCCUGCUGGACUCGAGGCCAGGCCGGCUCGAGGAGGCGCUCAAAAAGGCCUUGUUCUCCUUCCCUCUCGGCCCCUCACGCGUCUCUGACGCUCGGGACGGCCCCCCUCGUGGUACAGGUUGACCAGUCUUCUACAUGCCACCCAACCGUAUGCACACACCUACAAGCCUACACACCCAUUGUGCAUGUGGAGGUAGGCACACACACAAUGGGUGGCCGCAAGAUGCAGGGACUCUGA